AUGAAAAGAAAGCAUACAUUAUUAGUAAGGAAAGUUGUAGCAGAAUAAAGUCAAAUGAGUUGGCCAUUUGCAGAUUAGGACUUACAUUCCAGUAACAUAUUUCAAAGUACAUUAUUGCUUAAUCAAUUAGCUUAGAGUCCUGAUUAUCAAAUUUUAGACUUUAGUCAGAAGAACUCAUCUAAAGAAAUUCUGUCUAGAUCCAUAGUUGGCAAGGUGGACUCUUUCAAUAAAUAACUUAAUGGUCUUGAAAAGCCUCUCCGGUUUAGUUAGCCUGUAAGGUUAUCUAAUAUGUAAAAGAAGAUUAAAAGAACCAAUACAAAUGAACCAUCAAGUCUAAAUUCAUCUUAUAGAAGCAAAAAAAAUAUUACAAAUUAAUAAUAUGUAAUAUAAAAAGCCGUGGAUGCUAACUUUGAUGUACUUGAUAAAUAUGAGUUAAUUUAAACUAUGGAAAAAAUAUAGAAAAUAAUUAAGAAUAAUGAAAAAUAUGCCUAAGAUUAAUUGUAGAAAAUUUCAGUAACAGAAAAAAUAUUGAAAACUCAACAUGAAAGAGCACUAAAUAAGCAUGAAAAGUAAUUGUAAGUAUGGAAUGAAUUAUCAACUAAAAUCAGUUCUCGCGUAAAAAAUAAUUCAAGCACUUUAAUCCAAAGAUAAGCUUGUAUUUUCUUAUAUUGA